UGUGGGGGAUCGGAGAGAGAGAGAGAGAGAGAGGUAGUCACUGGAAGGGAGAGACUCGACCUGGGUGACCGCUCCGGACGACCAGCACCCCCGCUACCCAACGACACACUCACCGGCAGACCAGCAGCCUCGGUCCGGGUGACCCUCAGUGAGUGACAAAUGUGUGAGAAAUCAGAGAACCCCUUUCCUCUCCCAGUGGAAAUCUGACCCUAACCCUGGGACACUGAGGCAGCCGGUGGGGGUCUCUGAGGAAGAUGCUGGGUUCAGAGCGCGGUGUUGUAGAAGAAUGGCUCUCAGAAUUCAAGUCCUUACCAGAAACCCAGAUCCCCAGCUACGCCGGCAGCCUUCAUCUGAAGAAGUCCCUGGUGCAAGCUCUCUACAGAGUCAUCCAGGACCCCAACAAUGAGCUGCUGGAGCCGGUGUGCCACCAGCUGUUUGAGCUGUACCGGAGCUCUGAAGACUGCCUGCGACGCUUCACCCUGCAGUUCCUGCCUGAGCUGGUGUGGGUAUAUCUGCGGAUCACGGCCAGCAGGGAUCGUCAGAGCAAUGGCUGCAUAGAGGCGCUCCUCUUGGGCAUCUAUAACCUGGAGAUCGUGGACAAAGAUGGCAACAGCAAGCUCCUGGCCUUCACAAUCCCAUCUCUGUCCAAACCAUCAAUAUAUCAUGAGCCUUCUAGUCUGGGGUCCAUAGCGCUGACAGAGGGGGCUCUGUGUCAACAUGACCUGAUCAGAGUGGUGUACAGCGGCCUCCACCCACAGAGAGAGACCUUCACGGCUCAGAACAGGUUUGAAGUGCUGUGUUUCCUGAUGCUCUGCUACAACUCUGCUGUGGUGUACAUGCCCCUCUCUUCCUAUAAGUCGGUCUGCAGAAUGAGCUCCAGGUUGUGUGUAUGUGGCUUCCCUCGGCAGCAAAAGAAGCUUUGGCGGGAACCAUGCAACCGAGUUCUGCUGGACCCUGAGUUCAUGGUGCAGAUGCUGACUGCCGUGUAUCAUGCCAUAUACAAUGGAGAAUGGGAGAUGGGGCGGGAAGCUCUGGAGGACAUUCUGUACAGAGCUCAGCUGGAGCUUUACUCCCAACCUCUCCUGCUGGGGAACGCCAUGAAGAACUCGCUGCCAGAAAGUGCUCCCAACGAGUCACAGGGGCGCAAAGUGCUCGAAGUGGAGGUGACACCCACAGUCAGCCGCAUCUCCAUCUCAGCCAUCACAACUGCCUCCAUACGGCGCCACCGCUGGAAAAGAGAGGAUUGUUUUGACUACUCAGCCGAUGCAGAGUUGAGCUUCAUCGUCAAUCCUCCUAGCCCAGUCCUCCACCACCGCCACACUCCCUGGGACGCAGCAGCCAAAGAAGAAAGACGUGGGCGAGCUCACAGCCACCGCAGCGGCAGCAGCAUCAUUCCCCCGAUCACACUUGAGGAUGCUGAUGGCAUGAGCGGUGGGGAGGAUUCCUUCAACGUCAACGACCCAGACGAGGGUUUCUCCUCUGGAGCUUCCAACAGCAGCCAGCCCAGCGGCAACAAGGCGAGCGGCAGCGGGGGGCCACGGGGCGGCAGCCUGACCAGCAGCAGCAGCAGCAUCAAGAAAGCCAUCACAGCCCGGCUGUCACGGGACAAGGAGAGGGAGAGAGAGAGGGAGAGGGAUCGUGAGAGAGCAGUGGAAAAACAGGCCGAAUCGUCUGCUGAUCACCAGGCAGCUGUGAGGAGGCAUCACCAGAAGCAGCAGUCGCCUCCAGCCAGCAUCACCUUGGAUGCCAUCCAGCUGAGCCCCAUAAAGAAGAACCUGAGCUUCCCUGUCGGCCCCACACUGGUGCGGACUGGAAGCACCUCCUCCAGUAAGUCUUUUGACUGCAUGAAUUUCAACAUGAACGGAGGCAAGGACGAGCAAGAGGAGGCACUGGGAGGCUCAGACAAGGAAGGGGAGCGUCCGGCAGGCGGCUCCCACCGCCACUCCACCAUUAGCCUGCAGGAGGAGCACCUGAUCAGGCCAGAGGAGGCCCAGGACCUCCUGUCUCCUGGAGCUCCCCUCACCAAGCAGUCCCGCUCCCCCAGCUUCAACAUGCAGAUCAUAUCACAGGUCUAACAUGCAGUGCAUGGCGUAAAACACACACACACACACACAGACAAAACCUAACCAUAAAGGCGGGUUCCCACCGAACAUGGUGUGAUUUCAUACAAAGUGAAUCGAGCUGGCCCUGGGACCGACCCGAGCUAGAGAGUGAUCAGACAGGUCACUACUCAGCCUCAGGUGGCCUUGGAAACCGCAGUCAUCCAGACCAAGCUCCUGUAGGAGCCGGUGUCAAUCCCCGAGCUGUGUGCUGUUCUGGGUGGGCUUGUGGACCCACACGCAACAGCGCUGGCUGCCCCAGUUUUUCCAGGGUGUGCAUGCGAUUAACCCGAAUAAACACAAAGGAUCUGUGUUCGGUGUGAACACACCAUUACAGCCUGACUACUACAACUCCUGUCUACCUGUGCAUUAACGUGUGUGUGUGUGUGUGUGUGUGUGUUUGGGAACAAACCCAUUCAUCAACCAUUAAAUAAAAAUUGGCCUGCAGUUACUGAGAAUGCAACAAGAAAAGUAGUUAAAUCAUAACAGCCCACUUCUGUAACCACAGUAGAGCGUUACAGAGUCACUGCUCUCUGCGUGGAGAGAAAAGUCGUAAGGACGCCACGCUAGCUGAAGGGGAAUUAUGACCUUUCAGAUUUUUCUUCAGUUCAUGAAUCAGCAAUAACACUUAUCGUCGAUCAUGUGGAGAAGAGUUCUCUUCAUUCCUUCCCUGUCAUUCCCGGGCUCACGUGCAAUCGUUCUUGCUGAUUAUCUUCCUUCUUUAUUGCUGUUUGAUUGGAAAUGGUUUUACGGAGAAAAAUAAAUCUUUCAAUCUUUAGUUAAAUACAAUCCAAAGAAAAUAGAUUCUGUUUUUGUUUUCGUUCACUUUGCUGAGGUCAGAUUGUGUCGGAUCCAAAUGAUUCUCAGCCCAUGACUUUAAUUUUAUUGUGAAAAUUAUUAUAAUAAUAAUAAUUAUCUGAUUUGAUCUAUAAAACUUUUAAGAUUGUUGUUCAACCAAACUGGAAUGUGUUGAGGGUUUGUCUUGCCCCAGACUUUCAACCAGGCUAAUCACGACUGUGCAGCUACAGGAGGAAAGAAUUCCUUUUGUGAUUUGAUAUAAAACCCGAAACUUGAGUAGGAACUGGAUAAAACCAUUGAGAAGGUGCAGGUUUGUGUCUGAAGCUAAAGGCAAUGACUGUAUUUUAUAUUGGGAUUGUUUUUCCUGGUUUAAACCGUUGCAAUCUGAAAGCACUUGUUGGUGUUGAGGCUUGUGAGUGGCGUCGUCUCUGAUCCGUUGAAUUUGCCGCUGGAGGCUCGUACUAGUCACGGUGCAUCAGCAGUAACCAUGACGGUGGUCUUGUUGUGCUCUGAUUGGAUGCUCAUGAAACAUUUUGUUCUACCUCAUUGUGUGUUCACCUGCCACUCAGACACCUGUCUCCCAAUCAGAUGCAGGACUAAGACCCCAUUAGGUUUGAAACCGGAGUACUCGACCAGUAUAGCGAGGGACCAAUAUGGUUUCACACUGCAGCUGUAACGACACUGAAGAAUCGGUUCUGACUGAAUUUCUGGUCCAUGCAUUUCAGUUCAAUUGCAUUGUGCACAAGCUCGCGCUGCAAAACGAGAACACAACCUCUGUCUUCAGGUUUUCAUAUUCUCUGUCAUAUAUCAAACAACCACACUGGGGGUUAACCUGAUAAUUUACCAAGAGAAAUGUCCUGCUUAUCUUUUUAUUUAUGUAAUGAUUUUCAAAGUGCAAUUUUGUUCUCUUCACGUGCAUGGAGUUGGAUCUUCUCUGCUGAUAAAUGCCUGCAUCUGCGCACAGCGCUAGCUAGCCUUCUGUAGUGCUCCCUGCCCAGACUGAGUGGUUUUAAAACACGGCGUGCUUGUCUGCAUGUUUCGUUCCCUGCAAAGCACUGCUGGGUUUUUUUAGAUGCGUGAUUUACGGCCAACAAGUCAAACCCAAGUCUCGUCUUCUGCCAGAUGUGCCAACACACAUCCUCUUAAUCUUUUUUCGCUUGGGUGUCUUAAGUUAAAAAUGCCUUUUUUUCUGUUUACUUGUCUUAUUUUAAAUUUAAGGCACAAAAAAAGGGAUGUUUGGACGUGUGGCUCAACGUGCCCUUAGAUGCGGCUUCACCUUUUUUGCCAUGAACCAUCUUUUCACUCGUCACUCGUGUGUGUGCGACACACUGUACUUUCACAAUCAUUACUAAGCUUUGCUGUUCACGUUAAAAAGCAGUAUAGUAAGCGUCUGUGUACUGUAGCCGUCAGCUGUUGUAUUGCAUUUCCCCCAGUCUUGCUUACGUGCUCGUUGAAAACGAGGGUGAAUGAUUAAUGUAUAUAAAAGUCAGUUCAGUCUGCAGUGAAAAUGUCACACACUCGCGCCCCUGCUGUGCUGAAAAGCCGUCACACGGCCACUGCUCCUUUGUGCGCUUCCAUCUUAAACGUUUCAGGCCAAUCAGUGUAUGAUUGCUGGCUCUUUGGCCUCACAAUGCUUCUCCUCCUCCUCCUCUUCCUCCUCCUGCUGGACUGGACUGCGGAAGAAGAAGAAGAGUGCAGUUCACGCUCUCACCUGGUCUGUCUGCUGUCAUCCUCAGUGCUGUGUGGCUCCCAGUGGGCCGUGUUACCAUUUGCUGUAUUUUGCUGUGAGUUGAGUGGCACCUUUUUGCUGUUUUUAAAACUGGUGACGUGUUCAUGUCAUUAAUAUACGAGUGCCCCUGACCGAGAUUUACCAGCAGCCAUGUUGGUACUGUAUGUUGACUUAGAGUAAUCCCUCAGUGUCUGGUGUUAUUUGCAUGUGAUCGGGGCGGGAAAUGAACGCCGGCUAGCACACGUCUGAUUGGCUGUGGCUGAUUAUUUUACUUUCCAUUUAUUUUUGGCAGAAUUAUCAGCUCACAAAUCCUCACAUGGUCCACUAACAUUUCAAAAACAGAAAACCUCUUCAAGGUUGUGGAGAUAUUUUGUUAACCUCGUACCAGGUCAGCUGCUGCUGGUGGACAACGUUCAUUUCCUGUCCUGCAUGUGAUAACUGUGGGCUUUGUUUUCAUACAGUAUAAUGCACUUUAAUCCAUCCACCUCUCUCCUCAAGAUAGUUAUAAAUGAUAUAUAUAUAUAUAUAGAUGUGCAAAUGUGUAUACACUAAAUGCAGGGUUUAAGUCUCUUUAAAGUAGUACUUCUAUGUGAUGUCACAUCCAACACAAUGCUAUUUUUGUUAGUCUAAGGGUACAGCUAUCUAUUUUUAUUUUUUCAUUUCAAAACCAAAAAAAAAUGUUCCGUGGUCUGGAAGGUCUCAGGAGAUUAUCAAAAUGCCACAUUUCAAAACGGCAGCACCAAAAUUUCUGUUCUUGAAGUCAGAAUUGAUUCUAUGCAACAUGUUUUCCCCUUUAUUUCCCUUUUUGUUUUCGGUUCUCGGUAUAUGGGCUCUCAUUAAUCCUUGUCGGGUGGGAUGGGGCUGAUGCUUUUAAGCUGAUAUUUAAGGUGCGAGUCCUCAACAGCAUCCUCAUUCAACAGUUCCGUUUGUACACCCUGCUGUGGUGCCACAGAGCAAGCACCUCUCAUGUGGGUCAAUACGAGAGAAAGCCACGUGUGGACUUCUGAUGCAUGUUGAGCCCUCAUGUCAGUUCGCUCCUCUGUGGCUCAAAGACGUCGGCCAGUGUAUGAAAUGUAAACAGAUGAUCAGUGAUGAUUCUAAUAUUGAUGCUUCGAGGGAAGCUGCUGUAAGAUGUGAUAACACUGUACCACUGCUGUUGUAUAAAUGGAGAGAAAGACUUAUUUUAAAUCUUGUAAAUAUCGAAUGUACAAAGGUGAGAGCAAGGUCAAUUUAAAAAAACAACCGAGGAUCAGUCUGAUAUGUAGGGAGAAAUUAAUCUGUAUAUUGUUGAAUAAAUAUUGUGCCGUAGGGA